GUCUUUAUUUCUGGCCUCACUCCUUUUACUUUUUUACUACGAUUAACAAACAACUCAAUUACUUGCAAACACUAUCAAAAUAGAGAACAAUAUUAGUAUAUAAUAUACUCCUGUAUGGUUUUACUUCCUUUGAUAAUUAUACUAAUCGAAACGGAAUCUAGCCAUAACAUCUAUACCUACCAGUCCAACAACCACCUUGCCUCGCUCCCCUAACAUUAAUAACUAUUAUUACCAACCCCCCAACCAACAAGCUCAAUCUGGAGCUUUACCUCAGCCGCAGUUUUUCCCACACAAUACGCAGAAGCCAUGUCUCAGCAGCCAGGAGUUGUCACACCAGGCAUGAACACCACCCAGGUAUCCCAGACACCCCACGUAACCUCACAAUACAAGACCGCAUGUCCGAUUGCGACUCUCGGUCGAUCUCCCGCCCCGGUGGACUGCCCUAGCUGUGGGCAGCGUGCUUUGACCUCAACCAGCUUUUUAGUUGGCAACACCACGCACGGGUGGGCUGCUGCCAUUUGCUGUCUGUUCUGUUUGGGAUGUAUUCCGUAUCUCAUGAACGACGCCAAGGAUGUCGAGCACAAAUGUGGACAGUGCGGCAUUACACUCGCUACUUGGCACCGCAGCGGAACCACUGAGAUUCGUUUCCAUGGGUAG